CUACUAUUUUGCCAAAUUGUCCCCUAAAAAAGCUAGGAAGAAUUAUUUGAGACCGGCCAAAAACCAAGACCUAAAAAAGGAAAUAGCAGAACAUCCAAAAUUAGGUUUAAGCAUCUCUUUUUACACUCCAUCUCAGUCUCUAAAUAAAAAUCCUGACAUUAUUCUCGUAUUCUUUUGUCUCUGAGCUUCUUUUUGCUUACUUUAUGUCGAAUCCACUCGCCGGAAAAUUCGGUUAUGCCGGCGGCAUCCCGGAGCGAAAAGUCCGACCCAUUUGGGAUGCGAUUGAUUCACGGCAAUAUAAAAAUGCGCUCAAACUCGCUUCUUCGCUGCUAUCGAAGUAUCCUCAUCUUCCUUAUGCUCUGGCUUUAAAGGCCCUAGUAUUGGAAAGAAUGGGGAAACCUGAAGAAGCACUAUCUGUUUGUCUAGAAGCAAAAGAAUUGUUGCAUAAGAAUAUAUCCUUGUCAAUGGAUGAUCUCACCCUCAGCACAUUGCAGAUAGUCCUUCAAAGACUUGAUCGCUUGGAUCUUGCAACUAGCUUGUAUGACUAUGCUUGUAAUAAAAUUCCUAAUAAUCUGGAGUUGAUGAUGGGAUUAUUUAACUGUUAUGUUCGGGAAUAUGCAUAUGUGAAGCAACAACAGACAGCUAUUAAAAUGUACAAGCUUGUGGGUGAAGAGAGGUUCUUGCUGUGGGCCGUUUGUAGCAUACAGUUGCAGGUUAGUUGUGGCCAAGGGGGAGAAAAGCUUUUAGGUUUAGCUGAAGGCUUACUCAAAAAACACAUUGCUUCUCAUAGCUUGCAUGAACCAGAAGCUCUUAUUGUGUACAUUUCUGUACUGGAACAGCAAGCCAAGUAUGGGGACGCUUUAGAGGUCCUAUCUGGAAAAUUAGGAUCACUGAUUCUGAUUGAGGUUGAUCGUCUACGAUUGCAGGGAAGACUUCUUGCGCUAUCAGGUGAUAAUGCUACUGCUGCUUGUACGUUCCAGAAAAUUCUCGAAACAUGUCCCGAUGACUGGGAGUGUUUCCUACAUUAUCUAGGCUGUUUGCUUGAGGAUGAUCAAAGUUGGUUCAAUGCGUCAAAUAGUGAAACAAGGCGUCCACCGGGAUCUGUGGAAAAGCUUCCGCAUAUAACAGAUGAUGUGCUCAAUUCUCGUAUCCAAGAUGCAUUAGAUUUUGUAAGAAAGUUGGAAUCAGAAGAUAGUGGUGAUCCUAAGAGGGGCCUGCCUCUUGCAUAUCUUGAAAUUGAGCGGAGGAAGCUCUUGCAUGAGAUUGGUGAUAAAGAGAAGUUUUUUGAUGCAUUAGUGCAGUAUUUUUCAAGAUUUGGCUACUUGGCAUGCUUCUGUUCUGAUGUUGAAGUGUUACUGGACAUCUUAACCCCUGGAGAGAAAUUAAAUUUGCUAGAAAAGCUUGAGGAGAGUUUUAAAUCUAUAUCCAUGGCACCUAUAAAAUCGUUAGGUCAGGCGAUUAAUCUUCGAAAGAUGCAAUUGCAAAUGCGCAUCAACAUUCCUGUUGCUGAACUUGAGAGUUUAGCAGUCAAGAUGGUUAAUAUGUAUUGUGAAAAUCUUCCUCUUUCAAAGGAUUUGGAUUCACAAGAGAGUAUGCAUGGUGAAGAGCUUCUGACAAUGGCAUCCAAUAUAUUGGUCCAAUUAUAUUGGAAAACAAGCACCAUUGGGUAUUUGUUCGAGGCUAUUAUGAUGCUGGAACUAGGAUUAAAUAUCAGGAGAUUUGUAUCACAGUACAAGAUAACAUUACUGCACUUAUAUUCUCACUUAGGCGCUCUUCCAGUUGCCUAUGAAUGGUAUCGUACUCUAGAUGUGAAAAAUAUCCUGUUUGAGACAUUUUCACACCAAAUUCUGCCACAGAUGUUGUUAUCUCCCCUUUGGGAAGAUUUAGAUGAUCUUUUGAAGGACUCUUUGAAAUUCAUGGAUGACUAUCUUAGGGAAUCAGCAGACCUAACAUUUCUUGCUUAUCGGCAUCGUAAUUAUUCAAAAGUUAUUGAGUUUGUGCAAUUCAAAGAGCGGUUGCAACAAUCUAACCACUAUUUGAUUGCAAGGCUUGAAUCAUCUAUUCUUAGACUGAAGGAGAAAGCUGAUAACAUUGAGGAGGAGGAGGGUGUUUUUGAAUCCCUGAAAUGUGGAACACAAGCUCUUGAGCUUGCAAGUGAUAUUUCAUGUAAAUCGUUGACAUUCAAUGAAGAUUUGCAAUUAAGGCCUUGGUGGACACCAACACCGUAUAAGAAUCAUCUUUUAGGACCCUUUGAAGAUCUCAAUCAUCACAGCCAAAACAUGGUUUAUAGGAAAGAGUGGGAAACAAAUGUGCAUGAAGUUGUAAAGAAGAGGUCACUUAUUCCUCGGAUGAUCUAUCUGUCUGUGCAGUGUGUCUCAGCUUCUAGCAAAGAGAGCAUAGAGGCUAAUGGAUCUGUGCCCAACUCUGGCUUCUCUUUGGAGAUGAAAUCAUUGUUAGAGCGGUAUGUGAAUGUCCUUGGCUGUUCCAUGAAUGAGGCUGUAAAAGUCGUACUCGAUGUUUCAGAAGGUCAAAGAUCACUGGAGGCCUUUGGUUCAGACUUGAUUGAAUGGGUAAACUUUUCUGUGUUUUUUAAUGCAUGGAGCUUUGGUUCUCAUGAAUCCGUGCUUCCAAAGAGGGAAGAGACUACGUCGUUUUGGAAUGCUGUACCUUCCUUGCUCGAGAAGUGUGUAGUACACCAACUCGGAUUAACAGGUUCAGUAUUUUGCGGAGGACGUGAUCUACAAGUUUUGGUGCAAUUGAUUGCCGAACCGUUGGCUUGGCAUGGUUUAGUACUCCAGUCGUACAUUCGUUCAUUACUUCCUUGUGGCAAGAAGAAAAAGAAAAGUGGCGUAACUGCAGAUAAUUCAAGUUCCUUGUUAUCUGAGACAAUUAGAGCUUCAGUUUCUUCCCUUUAUAGUAUAGUAGAAACGCUUGCCAAAAGGUUGAGAGAAGAGGUUGAUAAAAUAGACAAUGAAGGUGGAAGCGAGUUGCUUUUCUCCCUUGUGAGGGGACCCAAUGAAGGCCCUGGACAAGUAUUUCAGGCUCUCAAAGAUUUUAUAUCUACUGCCGAUGAAAGUGAACUGGGUGAUCGAAUCUUCCAAGCGAUUAAGUGCUGGAGUCCUGAAGAUAUAUCUAAGAAGACGGUAAAGAGCCAGCAAAAGAUGAUGUUAGAUUUUCUGCAAAUAUGCGAAUCCAAGCUUAAGUUGUUGAAAAGUUUAAAGCAACAACUAUAAGGUCAUUCGUGAAUUCCAAAAGCAAAUUAAAUGGCAAAUUUGAUCCACCGCCUCGGCAGAUUAUGGCUCCUGGGUCAUUCUUCCAGUGCUUACAAAAUGAACUUCAUGAUCCAGGCGGUACGCUUGUUUUUUUUAUUUGUUCUCAUUCUUAUUCUUCUGAUACGGGUUCCCCUCUCUAAUUAGAAUGCUUUUCUCAAUUUAGAAUUUUCGAGUUUUGAUCAUGUACAUUAAAUAACCUUAUCCCCCAUAAUCCAUAGGUACCAUUUCCAUUUUUAGUAUGUGAUACUUGCACAAACCAAAAAGAAAAAUUAGGCGUGUAACUCUUUUGAGAUGAGUUUUAUUGACCAACUUUAAAUUGAAUUUCAGUAUUUACCUUUAACAAA